UGGGCCCCACCCCCCACGCCGGACCGCACGCCGGGAGGGCCAGCGGGGGCCCGGGCCGUGCGCUCCAGCUCUGGGCGGGGCCGGCGGCACGGCCUCCAGACCGUGAGCGCCGGCGGCCUCCUAGCGCCGGAAAGCCGGGCCUGCGCGCUCGGGAGACCUGCGGGCUAGCGGCGCGGGCGUGACGGGCGGGGCAACUAGCGGGUCUGCUUUUCGUUUCCUUUUCCUCCUUCUCGCAGUCUCAUCCCGGGCACCGGAAGGUGCAGGGGCAGAGCCUCGGACAGACCCACCCUCUCUGCCCCUCUUGUGUCUGGCCGCGAGGGCGCCCAUUCCUCUUUGGACCCACCCAUUAAAUCGGUUUCAGGGUACGCCUGUAUGGCUCUCUCUCCCCAAAGUGAAAGUUGGUGUUUAACCGUUUCAAAAUUGGUACUUUUUGGAGAAGGAGAAACACUCCCGUGGGGCAGAAAUUCCUGGGGAAGAGCUUCAGGAACUCACAGGUCCUCAGGCAAAGAACGCCUCUUUCCUCAGGCCCUUGAUCUUCGACUCUGGGUUGGCUGGAGGCCUCCUGAUGCAGUGAUGCAGUCUGAAUCCAGCCGGUGUGAAGAGGAACCGCCUUCCCUUUUGUGGGGUUUGGAUCCAGUGUUUCUAGCCUUUGCCAAACUCUACAUUAGGGAUAUCCUGGACUUGAAAGAGUCCCGCCAGGUGCCAGGUGUAUUUUUUUACAACGGGCAUCCAAUAAAACAGGUAGAUAUCUUGGGAACUGUAAUUGGAGUGAGAGAAAGAGAUGCUUUCUACAGUUAUGGAGUGGAUGAUAGCACUGGAGUUAUCAACUGCAUCUGCUGGAAAAAGUUGAAUAAUACCGACUCCUCAUCAGCUACAGCUGCUACAAAUGCAAGAGAGCUGAGCUUAACCUCACAGCUUAAGAAGCUGCAGGAAACCAUUGCGCAGCGAUUAAAGAUAGAAAUUGGGGACCUUGUCCAGAUCAGAGGUCACAUCCGCACGUACAGAGAAGAACGAGAAAUUCAUGCCACCGUUUAUCAUAAAGUGGAUGAUCCAGUGUGCAACAUUCAAAUCGCAAGAAUGCUCGAGCUGCCCACCAUCUACAGGAAAGUUUAUGACCAGCCUUUCCACCACCCAGCCCUGGAGAAAGAAGAGGCCCUGAGCAGCAAUCCAGGCGCCUUGGACCUCAACAGUCUCACAUGUCUGCUGAGCGAAAAAGCUAAAGAAUUCCUUGUGGAGAACCGAGUGCAAAGCUUUUACCAGCAGGAGUUAGAAACGGUGGAGUCCUUGCUGUCGCUGGCCAAACAGCCCGUGGUUCACAGCACCCGCCCUGGGCAGGUGGAUUUUAAAAAUGACACCACCUCCAAGGCAAUUCAUAGUAUAUUUAAGAAUGCUAUAAAGCUGCUACAGGAAAAAGGAUUCGUUUUCCAGAAAGAUCGUGGUUUUGAUAACUUAUUCUAUGUAACUAGAGAAGACAAAGAAUUGCACAGAAAGAUCCUGCAGAUCAUUCAAGAGGACUGCCAGAAACCAAAUCGUAAGUGGUGUACUGUACAUGUGACCCAGUGCCCUAGAAGGGGAUGUUCCCUCCUGGAGAGCCCUGGACAGAGAGGCAGGAGACCUGGUGCUUUCCCCAAAACAGCCUGGAAGCAUGCCGGUCAAGGCUGCUGCCCCCUCUCUGAGCCUCAAUUUCCUCUUCUCCAAAGUGAGUGUUAGCCCCACACAGCUGUUCUGACCUGGGCUACACGUAAGAGUCAACCUUGGGGCUUUUUUGAACAUACAACACUCAGGUCCCAGCCCUAGGGAUUCUCGUUCAUGGGAGGCUGGACAGGUGAGCUCCUCCAGCAGUGCUUCUUCAAUGAGGUAAGCCGCUAGACUAGGACUUUCUGAUGUCCUUCUGGUUCAUGUUCUCUCCAAUUUGUGUUAUUUCUUCCACUUUUUCCUCUUAUCUCUGAACCCAAGCCUAACAUUCCCCUCUCUUCUGAUAGCAAGACCUUCAGUGUUGGGAGAAAUGGUUCUAGACAUUAUGUUGGUGAACAGUGUAAUCCAGUCACCUUGAAAGCUGAUAAUUUGCAAAAGAUGUGGUUUCAAAAAUAGUUGGUGGAGUUAGGUCAGCCCCUAGUGGUUAGAAACUCAAACUGUAGAUGUUACCAUUUGCACACUAGUUAGAAAGAGAAGGAAGCAUUAGUCCUAUCUUUAAAUCCUGUGUAAACUAAUCGCUCUUAAAGGUAACUCAACAAAGUCUACCAUUUGCAAACAUAUGCUAAUAACAGAUGUUGACAUAUGUCAACAAAUGAUGCGAGAAGAAAAGUGGGAAGGCUUCUUUCUGCUUCCUUUCUCUCCAAAAACAUCCACCUCCAGUCCCUAAAGCCCAUAUAUCCCUGGGCUUGGACCUAUUCCAGGCUGAGUCAGUGGGUGGAGCUGGACCAGGGCUCCGGCCUUGGUGUUCACGGUAUGCAGCCCUAUUUAGCCUUUAAGGACCCAUGAGGUCACCUCCCAGAGUGGUGUGACAACAGCUCUUAAAAUAAACUGAAAGCAAUCUAUUACUUUAAUGCAAGGUUUCUAACUAUUAUUCAUUUCAUUCAGAACAAGAAGGACAAGUAUCCUUUAAUUAGAGGAAAAGCUACCUAUCCACAAUUUAAGGAGCUUUUUGGAACAGUGAAUUGUGGAGUCCUUAACUAAGAAGGGAUAAGAGGAGAGGCUGGUCCCCAGAUGACAUUCCAGCUAGUCCCAGGCCAUCUGGCCAGAUUCUUAUUUCGAUGUAUUUUAAGAACAGGGUGGAUUAAAAUAAUCCUAGGGCCUGUGAAGCAAAUGAAGGCAAUUCACACUUCAUUUCUUAGGAGACUCAAACAGCCUCAGUGACCUUAGGGCCUAUAAAGUGGCAGGAUUUAUACCCGCUUCUAAUCUACGGGCCAGCUCCUGCUUCAUUGAGUGUAUGUGUCAAGGGAGACAGGCUCUGCCACUCAGUCUGUAAACAGGAGCCUCUAAAAAUCAUAUGCCUAUUCCCUGGAACUAGUAAAUUCCCAGGAGCUAAAUUCUGGAGCAUGAGCAACUGAGUCUGCCAACAAAAAUGCCUUGUAGGGACUGUCCUGCAGCCACUCCUUUUCGUAGGAAAUAUCUAUGACAUUAAAAAUUAUUCUGAAUAAUAUAUGUAUAGGGUAGAAAGUCCAAAAGUACAAAAAUACACACAGAAAAGUCAGACUCCCUGCCAGCACAGAGUUCCCCUUUCUACAUGGAGCCUAGGGUUGUUACUAGUUCCUGGCAUAUCCUUCUACAGAUGUUAUAUGCACUUAUAAACAUAUUUGAAUAGUUUGUCUUUUCUAAAAAGCACAAGUAAAGCUUAGCAUAAAAUACUCCAUGUUUCAUGCUUUUUAUUUUAAAUCUAACAUUGGCAUGUAGAGAUCGCUCACAACAGUACAUAGAAAAGUGCCUGUCUUUUUAAUAGCUGCACAGUAUUUCACUAUAUAUAUUGAUAGAUAGUCAGCCAUUUAUUUAACCAUUCCUACUGAACCUUUAGUAGGUUUCCAGUCUUUCAUACAGAACAUAGCAUUGAGUUUUCCUUAGCAGGAUGAUUGGUAGGAGAACUUAAAAUCUUUAUAGUCACUUAUGGGUAUUUCAGCAAAGGGUCAAUGUACAAAAAUGAAAAAACUCUAAAUAGGGGCUGGUUUUAGAUCCUUAAAGCACGGAUCCUGGCCUUAUCUAAAGAUAGGCCACAUGGCAUAGUCUGGAGCCCCUUGCCUGGGUUUGAAGCCCAGCUCUGCCACUUUGUAGCUAUGUGGCCUUGGGUAAUUCCGUGCCUCAGUUUCUUUACAUAAAAAAUAGGGAUAAUAAUAGUACCUACAUGGCAGGUUGUUAUAAGGCAACAAUUUGGUGUUUUAUAAAACUCUUGGUUAUAUGGCAGAGUAGGAAGCACCAGGAUUCCUCCCCUCCACUUAAGACAAUAACUGCUGUAGCUAUUUGGGAACUCUGGAGUCUGUCAAAGCUAGCAACUUCCAGAGGAAGAUUUGGACAGUAAAUUGGGGGUAAUUUUAGUCAGUUUUCAGAUUUUAGUAGCAGCUCCCCAUCCUCUACUCCCAGCUCUGUGGCAGGCAGCUGCGCAUGUGUUUCUGGAGCAGCUUGUGGAGAGCUUGCAGGAGGUAGGAUGAGCAGAAAGGACCCAGUUCUCUGUAUAUCAGGAGUCUGUGUUCUGCUCACUAACUGCUGCUUCUAAUCACAGAGAUGCAGACAGAGAGGUGGGGGGACCAUUGUUGCAAGCCCCUCACCAACAGCUGAAGUUAAAAGACUUUUUAACUUCCUUUUUCUUUUUUACCCCUUUUGUAGCCAGAGAAGAAAAAGUAGGGCACUCAAAAGCAGCUUCAUAUAUGGGGAAAAUUAAAAAGUGAUCGCACAUGCCCAGGAUAAGGGACAGGCUCAAAAACAGACCUGAGAAGACCUUAGGUUUCCAUUUCAGGCUGAUCCUUGGCACAAAGACAGCCUACAAUGACCCCAAACAUAAAAACAGUAACAAAAAAGAGCAAACAUCAAGGAAGGGAAAGAAUCUAAUCUCCAGAGUUCAUUAUAAGAUUCAAAUGUCCAAUUUGCAAUUGAAAAAGAAAGACAUACAAAGAGAUAGGAAACUAUCGCCCAAAAGAAAGACAUACAAAGAGAUAGGAAACUAUUGCCCAUUCUAAGGAAAAAAUAUUAAAGUAACAGAAAAUGUCCCUGAAAAAGACCCGAUGGCAGAUCUAUUACACAGUCUUAAAACAACUCUCUUAAAGAUGUUCAAGGGAAUGAUGGAUGAACAAAGUGGAAAAUAGCACUAAAGAGAUUAAAAAAAAAAAAAAACUAGAAAGAAACCAACAAGAAAUCUGGAGCUAGAAAGUAUAAUAACUGAAUUGAAAAUUUUACUAAAGUGAUUUAGAGGCAGUUUUAAAAGCAGGUAAAAGAAAGAAUCAGCAAGAUUCUGAAGAAAAGUGAACAGAACCUAGGGGACUUGUAGGACAUCAUCAAAUGGACCAACAUACACAUGGGGGGAGUUCCACAAGAAAGGGCCAGAGAGAAUAUUUGAAGAAAUAUCCCUAGUACAAUGAAAGACAUGCAUAUGAACAUCUAAGAAGCUCAGUGAACCCCAAUUAAAAAGAACUCAAGGAGAUCCACACCAAAACACAGUAUAAUAAAACAUUUGAAAAGCAAAAGCAAAGAGAAUCUUGUUGUCAGAAAGAGAAAAGCAACUUCUCACAUACAAGGGAUCAUUGAUAAGAUUAUCUGAUUUCUUAUCAGAACCUUUGGAGGCCAGAGGCAGUGAGUUGCUAUAUUCAAAGUGCUAAAAGAAAAAAACUGUAAACCAAGAAUCUUAACAUCCUGCAAAACUAUCCUUCAAGAGUGAGGGUGAAAACAAGGCUUUUCUAAUUAAACAAAACCUGAGGGGGUUUGUGACUGCUAGACUUUCCUGCAAGAGAUGCUCAAUGGAGUCCUGCAGAGUAAAGUAAAGGGACACUAGACACUAACAUGAAGCCUAUGGAGAAAUACAGAUCCCAGUUGAAGGUAAGUACAUUGGCAAUGACAGAGGCUAGUAUUAUUGCAACAGUGCUUUGUAACUACACUUUUUCUUCAUGAUUUAAGAGACUAACACAUUUAAAGAAAAAAAUUCUUGUAAAGCUAGUAUUACUGUAACUUGGGUUUCUCACUGUAUAAUUUGAGACUAAUGCAUUUAAAAGAAUUCAUGUGACAUCAACAACUGAAAGGACUGGAGACAGACCUGCAAAAGAGAAGAGCAGAGAUUUUAUAUAUUAUUGAAGUAAAAGUGGAAUAAAUUCAAAUUAGAGUGUUAUAACUUCAGGAUGCUAGAUGUAGUCCCCAUGGUAACCACAAAGAAAAUAGCUCUAGAAUAUUCACAAAAGGAAAUUGUAAACAUUUCAUUGCAAAAAAACCCCACAACUAACCAUAAAAGAAGACAGUCAUGCAGGAAUUGAGGGACCAAAAGCUAGAAGGCAUAUAGAAAACAAAUAGCAAAAUGACAGAAUAAGUCCCUCUUAUCUGUAAUCAGGUUAAAUGUAAAUGGAUUUAAUUCACCAGCCAAAAAGACAGGAAUUGACAGAAUGGAUUUGAAAAAGAAAAAUUUAACUAUAUACUAUCCGCAAGAGACUCAUUUUAGAUCCAAAGACACAAAUACAUUGAGAGUAAAAGGACAGAAAAAGAUGUUCCAUGCAAACAGUAACCAAAAGAGAACAGGGACAGCUCUGCUAAUAUCAGACAAAAUAGACUUUAAAGCAAAAUAUUUACAAGAGACAAAGAAGGACAAUAUAUGUUGAUAAAAGGUUCAACACAGCAAGACAGAAGUUUGAAACAUUAUGUACCUUUGACAGACCAUCAAAAUAUAUGAAGCAAAAACUGACAGAAUUAAAAGGAGAAGUGAACAAUUCUAUAGUAAUGUUGGAUACUUUGGUACUCCACUCUCAAUAAUGGACAGAACAACUAGACAGAAGAUAAGUUAGGAAAUAGAGGACUUAAAUAAUACAACAACUCAGUUAGACCUAACAGACGUACACCAAACACCAUACCCGACAACAGCAUGCAUAUUCUUCUCCAGGGUACAUGGGGUCUUUUCCAGAAGAGACCAUGUUAGACCACUAUUAGAUCUCAGUAGAUUUUAAAAGAUAGUUGUCAUGCAAAGUAUCUUCUCUGACCACAGUGGGAUGAAUUUAAAAGUCAAUAACAGAAGUAAAACUGAAAAAUUAGCAAAUUUAUGGAACAAAACAGUCUUAACCAAUAGAUCAAAGAAGAAGUCACAUCAGAAAUUAGAAAAUACUUGGAGGUGAAUGAAAAAAAAAAAAAACAAACAUAACAAAACUUACGAGACAGAAAAAGCUGUGUAUAAAGGGGAACUUUAUAGCUAAGAACACUUGCAUAACUGUACAAUUUAAGGAACUAGAAAAAAGAAAGUAACUCAAAGCUAGCAGAAGGAAGGAAAUAAUAAAGGUUAGAGCACAGAUAAAUGAAAUAGAGAAUAGAAAAACAUAAGAGAAAAAUCAAUGAAACAAAAAGUUGGUUCUUUGAAAAGAUCAGCCAAACUGUCAAACCUUUAGUUAGGUGGACUAAGAAAAAAGAAAACUCAGAUUACUAAAAUCCUAAAUGAAAGGAGUUCUCUGGUGGCCUAGGGGUUAAGGAUACAAUAUUGUCACUGCUAUGAUUCAGGUCACUGCUGUGGCACAGGUUUGAUCGCUGGCAUGGGUUUGAUUCUUGGCCUGGGAGCUUCUGCAUGUCACAGGCAUGGCAGAAGAAAGGAAGGAAAGGAGGGAGGGAGGAAGGAAGAAAGAACAGGAAGGAAGGUAUGAAAGAAAAAUGAAGGAAGGAAGAAAUUUUCUGAAGGAAGGAAGGAUAAAAAUGGGGACAUUAGCAAUGUUUCUACAGAAAUAAAAAUUAUGACAAAGUACUGAAAACAGUCGUACACCAGCAAAUUGGAUAACCAAAUGAGAUGGACAAAUUCCUAGACACACAAAACCAACCAAGACUAAAUCGUGAAGAAAUAAGGAAUCUGAAUAGCUCUAUAAUGAGUAAGAUUGAAUCAGAACUCAAAGAUGUCCCAACAAAGAAAAGCCUUGGGCCUCAUGGCUUCACCAGUGAAUUCUACUAAACAUUUAAAUAGCUAACACCAACCCUUCUCCCCACUAGAAGGUCACUUUGUGAGCAGCCUUACCAGACAGCCUUCAGACAACAGAAUGGCCUUUCUGAAGAAGCUGUUUAAGGUCUUUGGGGCAGUCAACAUCUCUGACCACAUAUUGGAGUCUGUCUCCACUCUCUGUCAUCAACCCUUUGUCUUGGGAAGAGUCGAAGCUUCUUUCGAGUAGGAACUGGGUUAUCUUCUAGGUUAUGGAUAUGACGAUACAAUCUUAGUAAUUUCCCAUGGAGGAAGCACUCACCACGGGUCUCCUUUCACCCACAUAACCUUGGGUGAAGUAGGUGCUUUUCUCCCCAUUUUACAGAUGAGGACACAAACUGGGAGACAUAAACCACUUUGCCCCAGUCAUAGAGCCAGCACUUGAAUUUGGGUCCCUUGGACUCCAAAGUCACCUCUCUGUCUGCUACUCGGUACUUGCACCUCUGUGCUCAGGGCUGCAUAUAUGGUAGGUGGUCAGGAAAGUUUUUUUCUUUUUUUUUAAUGUAGAUGGGAGAUUCAUACUUUAUUUCUCCAGUGAUGUAUUUAGAGAGGAAUAUAAAUUAAAGGCCUACUUGAACACCAAAGCCAGGUCCUUUAGAUGGUUCAGUCAAAGAGGUAAGAUAUCCCCCAUGCCCCCACCCGGCUCACAAGAGAAGCAUCCACUCCUUGGCCCAGGUUUAGGGAUUUUGCCAGCUUUGAGUUCAUCAGUAUCCUUCAGUAUCCUUAGGUGUCAGAUCUUCAUAGUAUUGUCAUUUAUUUGAACCAUCUGUGCAUUUACGCAGGCCCCUAAAGAUUCCACUUCUGUAAAGAGUGGAAAGUUUGUCAGGUAUAGUAGCCUCUCCAACCUUUAUUCCAAGCUUUUUCUGAAUGGCCUUCCAAUAUGCUCUCAGAGUUUCCAGGCAUGCAAGGCCUAGGGGUGCAGACUUGACUAUGAUACUUUCCAACUGUCUUUUGAUGAUACAUUGUAUAAAAAGUUGCUACCUCAUAUACUCUCCUUGGAGGUACUUGUAAAAUGUCUGCUACCUUGUUCAUAGCAGAGAUGGUCAGCCAUCCGUUUUGUCUUUGGGCUAAAUCCAGGACUGGAAGCACAGCUGCUGCUUUCUGCCCUCUUGGGUAGUUUUUUUUGUUUUUUGUUUUUUACAACUGCCUCCACCCUCUUAUAGUUUUCUGGUGUGAAAUCAGAUGGAGUAGCUGGGUGAUCCUCCAGGAUUUGUGCAUAGGAGUAUCCCUGUGUGCAAAAUGAGGCUCCUCCAGCUCCAUUCUGCACAGCCGGCUUAUGCAGAUUCCUUUUAUGUCUUCCCCACUGGGCAGUGAGGCCCACCGCUGUUCAGGAAACCUUGAUCAAAUGAAUGUUGAAGCAACAGCCUGGAAAUGUGGAGACCAGUGGAGGUGGCAAGUUUCCCAGCAGUAACUCCAGUUGGGAGGAAUAAUGAAUUCACUGGCCACUAGAGGUCAGAAUUUUCAAGUCCUUGUUAGCCCAGAACCACUGCCUGUGACCCUCUGUCCCUUAGAGCUGGAAAGGACUUCAGAGUUGCCCCAGCCCCACUCCCCAUGGGUCAGAAAACUCAAGCUUGAAGAUGCCAUGAUUUGCCCAAAGCCAUGAAGGUGCGCUGAAUCCCUACCAUGCUUUUCCCAACACCAUGAACCCUUUCGAGCACUUUCCUGGAGCUAAAGCAUUUUAUCAUCUGAAAACGUUCAAGUGACUGUGCAGAGCCCUAGUGUGCCAGGUGCUAGGGGUAUGACAGUGAGAGCCUAGCCCCGUGAAUGGGUCUUUAGUGGAAACUGGGGAGGAUUUGUUUCCAGGAAUGAAGUUUGACUUUGACUUAAUGUUAUAAGUAAAGUUUUCAUCAUGAUCCAUAAGUUAUUAAAUCUGUUAUAAAGUUUAUUUCAAAUAUAUGUACUCACAUACACAUAUAUAAUUGACUAUAAAAUUUCUCAAUAUUUAUCCUGCCUAAAAAUGCAAUACCUUCUGUAAUUUCAUAUUCUAGUCUGCCUUAGUCUGUUUGGUAAGAAAAGAAUGCUAUUUACAACCCACUAAAUUGAUUUCAUGAUCCUCCGAUGGCUGUAACUUCAAGUGUGAAUACCGCUACUCUAAAUCAUUGAUUUCAGCUAGGAAAGCAGUCACUCACUCUGAACUGUUACAAAUGGUCUCAGCGUAGGGUAGACAGUGAGCGCUAUCACAGACAGACUUUUUGGAAGACUAGGCAAAGAGGAGUGAGAACAGGCCAAAGAUAGUAAGCCCUUCAUCGCCACUGCUGUCCCAUCGUUCAGGAUUAUGGAAGGAAUGAGGCUGCUGCAAGCCGGCUCCACUGUCAACUUCAAGAGAGUCCCACCUGGGAUACUAGGAGUUUAGCACUGAAUACAUACACUGGUACAUGCAAUGUCAUUAGAAAAAAAGGAUUAUCAAGCACUCAAAACCCACUGGGUUAUGAAUAUAAAAUUAUUGGAUAGGAAUCCUGAAAGGUUGAAGCCUUGCAUCCCUGAGCCAUGGUCCAUGGCACAGACCUGAAAAGAGGUGUUUUGGGUUUUUUCACCAAUGAGCUAGGCCAAUACAUCUCCUACUUUAAUGUGCACGAGAAGAAUCAUCUGGGAAUCUUACUAGGAUGCAGGUUCUGAUUUAGGAAAUAUGGAGAAGGGCUUCCAUUGAGAGGAGAGGACAGGACAGGAGAGAGAGGAGGACCUGACAGGUGUGUCCAAGCUUAGCCAACUCCCUUUUUCCUGCAGACGUGGAGAAGGGCUGCCACUUCCUGCACAUCUUGGCCUGUGCUCGCCUGAGCCUCAGCCCAGGCCUGAGCGAACCUGUGCUACGGCACGUGCUGGAGCUCCUGGAGGACCAGAGUGACAUUGUCAGCACCUCAGAGAACUACUACACAACAUUCUGAGGAGAGGCCAGCAGGUGGCAUGAACCUGGCGGACGAGGAGGAGGACCAGGUGGCUUUCACCCCAGACUCCAGUUUUAACAUCAUGCCCAGCCUUAUAGGUCUGGGGGCAAUUAUCAUAAUAAACUAUGAAAUAUGGUAAUUUGAGGAAUGGAAUUUGGCAUAAACUCUGGAGGGUGUCUUCAACCUACUAUCUCUGGGGAUAAAAUGACUUGGCCAUGAUGUACAAGAAAACGUUCCUCAUUGGCCUCCUGGCUGGACCAAAGAGCAGCAGAGCAAGAACCAGUGUUGGCAGCUGAACUGAUUGGAGGCUCUUUUGUAAAGGGGCAUCCGUGGCAAAGGGCCAUGUGCUGUGCAAGCUGAAGAGCAUGCAGAUCAACAGAUCGGACCCUUUCUUAAACUUCAGACCAUCAGGGACUUUUUCGUGGACUUCUCUUGAUGGUUAAGAACCUGGUGUAGGGGAAUAAUUCUCCCUGGAUAAGUGUUGACCUACAGUUUCUGCAAGUCACACACCAGCAAUGGGUCCAGAGUCCUGGGUUGAAUUCUGUUUACAGACUGACCCAUAGAUGGGAAUAAACAGGAUCCAAGGCA